UUGGAGCUGCAGGAUCAUUCCUUCUUUGCAUCAAUCAACUGGGAUGACCUCCUGGCCAAGAAAAUAAGGCCCCCGUUCAUCCCAAAUGUGACCGGUCCAUGUGAUGUCAGCUACAUAGAUCCCGAGUUCACGUUACUGCCUGUCCCUGGCUCUGUGAAUGAGAGGUGCAAGGCAGGCGGAACCAGCGAGGCCUUCCCAGGAUUCUCCUUCAUGAACCCUGUGGAGUACGUGUCAUUCGAGCCAGUUUCAUAACCACAAAUCCUCUGGGAG